AUGGCUGCCCUUAAACUCUUUUCGCUCGCCUCUGCGUCUGCGUUCUUGAUGGCGGACGCUGUCCAUCAAACGGCAAAGCAAAGUUCAUUGGCACCGCAGGGAUCAUCGCCAACCUACACUGUAGAACUCGGGGAUGAACAUGUGUGCCUCGACGAAAUCAACGCUGCACGCGAAGCUGCUGGACUCGAACACUUCAAAACUGAGAGCAGUGCAGAUCUAGGGUUUCCUUCAGCUACCGUGGAAGAAGAUUCACACCACAAUACUGCAUGGGAUCCUGUUUGUGAAGCUCUGACAGCAGAAGACGAAGAACAAGUAGAAAAGAGCACAAGUGCAAAUGGAUUUAAAAGUGGUACGUACGCCUACAUGGCCUUGGAAUCGGAGAAGCCCGACUGUGCCGCCGCACGAAGACCAGUGGAAGAAGAUCAAGGCAUCCAUCACAGGUUCUGCCUCUGCUGUCUCCCCGAGUCUGCUGGCCGUCGCUAUUGCGGCCGUUGGCUUGUUGGCCCUUUAAAGAAGUGA